AUGAUUGAUUCGAGAACAACAACAUUCAGAAGAAAUUCAUAUUUAUUACCUCUAUUAACGACAAAUUCUUCUCUAAUUAAAACAGAAAUAGAUAAUAAUGAAAAAACUGAAUUAAAAGAUUAUAAUUAUUUGAAAACAAAAUUUCAUGAAACAAAUACAAAUUUGUACAAUAUACGAUUAUCAGAAAUAAUGUUAGAUAAUCGAUCGUCAACAAAAACAUUGUUGUGUGAUAAUGAGAAUACUAAUAAUGAUAUAAAAUUAAAUGAAAAUAAUUAUAAUAUAGAAAAAUCAAAUCAUUUCUCGACAACAAAAUCACCACCAAGAAAAAAAUUAAAAUUUGGAGUUGAUACAAUACUUGGAAAUGAUGUACAAUCUGAUUCAGACACAAGUGAAUCAUCAGAUGGUGAGGAAGAACAAGAGAGAGAAUUAAAACGAAAAGUAAGGGUACGAACAGAAUCAUCCGUAUCAUCAACAUCCUUAUCAUUUGAUGAGCGAACGUUAUCUCCAUCAAAAGAAACAUCUCAUGAACGCAAUGAAUUAACUGCAAAUUCUCCUCCUUCUCCAGCAAAUGUAUUAUUAUCUCAAUUACCACCUUAUCCACAUUCAAUGGCAUCUUCCUAUAAUAUGUCCCGAUAUCCAUCGUACAGUCUAUCAUCAUUAUCAAAUGAUUAUCACACGAAUAUCUAUAAUGCCGAUACAAAUGAUCUUAUACAUGAUCGUUUUUUCACACAAUUAACUCGACCACCACUACCUCCAGGAUCCUUCGAUAAUUCAACACCGCAUGGCAUUUGGAAACCACCACUGCGCCCAUUUAUUGGUAAUCAACAUGGCUAUUUCUCACAUCAUCCAGUUGCCAAUUUAUAUUCAUCAAUGAAUUCGAUAUUUUGGCCAUUAGGUUUGAGAACAAAACCGCGACGAGGCAUGCUUCGACGAGCAGUGUUCUCUGAUCAACAACGAAAAGGUUUAGAAGUUGUAUUUUUAAAACAAAAAUAUAUUAGUAAACCAGAACGAAAAAAAUUAGCUCAACGUUUAGCACUAAAAGAUUCACAGGUUAAAAUUUGGUUUCAAAAUCGUCGCAUGAAAUGGCGUAAUACAAAAGAACGUGAACUUCUAACAUCCUCUUCCUCAUCAUCAACAACAACAGCAACGGUAACAACAACUACAGUAAAUAAUAGUCAAACGUCUGCAACAACAAUAACAACGAAUGAAUUCACCAAUAAUUUUGAUCUUAAACACGCUACAGAGUCAAGAACAAUUUCUUCUUCACAUGAUUCAUUAUGCAGCUUAAAUCCAUCGUCAUCAGGAGACUGUUGCGAAUGUAAAAAAAAUGAUAAUAAAAAAGGAGCACAUAUUACGCUUGCUGAUAAUUGUGAGAUUGAUUUACAAAACCCAUCAUCAACACUUCGGCAGUUUUCCUAUCAUGAGCGUUCACCAUUAAACAAUGAUACAAGAGAUCAGCGGUGA